UUCCCCGCUGACGUUCCGUCGUUCAUUACGCUCUCUGCAAUUCUCUAGAAAAAAAAAAAAAAAAAAGAAAGCCUCGAGGAGAGGUCUCCACUGCACCGCCGUUCGCGACGACGAGCGUCCUUCGGUUUAUUCACCGGCAGCGGAAGAGAUGCUGGCUGUUCUCGAAAAGUCGGUGGCGAAAAGCCCCGAUGCAUUGCUGCAGAACGGAGAGGCGGGGUCAGCAACCGCCGCGCUCAAGGAUGGGUUCCUGGCGACGCAUUUCUCCUCAGCGCACCCUGGAACCGUCGUAAUCAACCUCGGUUCGUCUGGUUUCAUGGGGUAUUCCACCGGCAAACAGAAUCCGAUUCUCCCGAGACUCUUUGCUGUAUUGGACGACAUAUUCUGCUUGUUCGAAGGCCACAUCGAAAAUGUCGCACAUCUUAAGCAACAGUACGGGCUAAACAAGACGGCAAAUGAGGCAAUCAUAGUCAUCGAGGCUUACAGGACAUUGAGGGACAGAGGCCCUUAUCCCGCCGAUCAAGUUGUGAGAGAUAUUCAAGGGAAGUUCGCGUUCAUUCUGUUUGAUACUGCGAUGAAAGUUGCAUUUAUCGCCUCAGAUGUUGAUGGGAGUGCACCAUUGUUUUGGGGAACUGAUGCGGAAGGCCACCUCGUCGUAUCUAACGAUGGAGAUGCUGUGAAGAAGGGUUGCGGCAAAUCAUUUUCUCCAUUCCCCAAAGGAUGCUUCUUCACCUCUUCGGGAGGUCUGCGUAGCUACGAGCAUCCGGUGAGCGAGCUGAAGGCUGUCCCGAGAGUGGACAGCUCAGGGGAAGUCUGCGGCCUAACUUUCAAGGUCGACGAAGAUUCCCGGGCAGGAAAGCCCGGGAUGCCCAGAGUUGGAAGCGACGCCAACUGGGCUCAACAGUUCUAACUAAUCGAUGUAUUACAACCUCAAAAAAUCCCACGUAUGUACGUACUCAACUUAUUCUUUACCGAGUUCUUAAAAGGUUUUACGAACUUCUUCGGCAGUAUUAUUGCAGUACACAAUAUCCCGUAUGUUGUCUGUGUUUUAUUUGUAGUGAAGCGUAGUAAAAGUAUCUUCUUAAUUU